GUUUCCUGGGCACCAAAAAUUGUCCCGCAUGUUUGACGCGGGUUGGGGCUAUGCGGAAUCUGCCGAACCCUCCUUCUUGCCCCUUUUUCUUUUUGGGUUUGAGAACAGCCUCGCGGCGGAUGCUGCAUGCUGAGUGACUGGAGAACAUCAGUUCAUCAGUUUCGUCGAGAUAUCCCAGAUCAGGUAGGUCCCCUAUUUUUGGUCCGAGAUGCUUGGGUUUAAGCUCAGAUGAUUAACACGUCCCACGCGCUUAAGUAAAGGCUAUCUUCUGUAACCUUACCCUUAGGCCCUUGGGGGUGAGUUCAAAUCGCCCGUGGGUUCAUCUAUCCAUAUACGGAGGCUGAGACGAGUAGGUAGGUAGCAGUAGAAAGUCAUCGAUCACAUCCUCAAGGAGGUGACGACCGGGUGUAGCCGCAUGGUCGCUGGUUAUACUUCGCACACGAAAACUAAACUAAGCAACUAUUGAGCACAAAUUACAUAGUAUGUAUCCGAGUUUAGCAAUCGGAACGACUCUUCUGCCCGCACCCACUCUCCAAGCCGUCCAGCGUUUUUGGAGUUUGAUCGUCUCCCUCUCAGUAUUCCAGGUUUCGUGCAUCCACACUCUAUACAAUACAUAUGCCCCCAAAGCUUCAUCUAACUUGAACGGAAGCGGUGCCAAUUCUGGGAUGGCAUCGUUUGAAAAUGUUUCAUGGGUUUAUAUCGGCUGGAGAGAGAAGAGGGUUAACGCCCACGCUCGAAGACAUUCUAGGGCGGAUCAAGCCUGUGAGCCGAGGCCGGGAGCCGACGACCGAGCAUUCAGUGAGUGACU